CCUCACGACAUCACUCCAGCCGGCCGAGCAGCGAUUCCGAUCCGCCCACUCAACAACACACCGCAAUCAUGUCUCACGAGAACGUCUGGUACUCGCGCCCGCGCACGUAUGGCAAGGGCUCGCGCUCAUGCCGCGUCUGCACCCACCCUGCCGGUCUGAUCCGAAAGUACGGUCUCAACAUCUGCCGUCAGUGCUUCCGCGAGAAGAGCGCGGACAUUGGCUUCGUCAAGCACCGGUAAACGCCCACCGCCAACAAAGGAACUCGUAGUGGAAGGUUCAAACGGUGUUCUGCUUGCUGCGACACGGAAAAGCGAGUGGAUGACUCAAUAUGAAAAGAUGAAAGGCGGAGUUUCAUGUGCAGUGUGGAUAUCCUCCUCGGAGGUCUGAGGCGUGGGAUACACUGGGUUUCUCUUUUGCGGGUGCUAGGUAUACAAAUUCAACUGAGCAUCAC